GGUAAUUUUUAGAGUUACAGCGUUCGUUACACAUUUCUCGCCGGUUUUCGUGGCGUGUCGCUGAAAUUGCAUCGUUUUCGUAAAGUAUUGCGACGGUUUCGUAAAGGCUGGAAAGUUUAGUUCGCGUGAAAUGAUUGUCACUUAAAAUCAUUUCGGCAAAAGAGUGGCAAACGCCGUGAAUUGCAAAUGUACAAAGUUUUCGUAUUACUAUCGGACCAUAGAAACAUGUACAUAUUAACACACCGUACUUAUUCUCUAUUACCCGCGAACUUUCAUCACAUUAUGAUGAUACUGUGGCAUAAAAUCGGCGCCCUGUAAUAAAAGGCGGUUAUUUGUGGGAAGUCUUAGAAGAUCGUUUGUUUACCAAGUUUGUUUACAAUGUUCGCUUGAGGAUCGCUGGGACGCCGUCGCUCGCCUCUCACGGAAUGGUCACAAAAACACUUCGGAAUUAUGAUUAUGGUCGCAUUAUCACCAAGUAAACGAGGAUGGACAACAGCAGAGAAGGCGAGCGAGGGGACAAAGCCCGGGGUGGGUUGCCACCCGGGAUGGACCCGGCAACAGCUGCACUAUAUGCCCCGUGGGUGCACCAAGAGCAGGCUUUACUGUCCAACAUGUUUGGAGCAGGUAGCCUAGGACCCUAUGGGGCAGCAGCGGCAGCGGGCAUCCCGGGUUGGGGUGGGCUGCCGCCUGGCUUCCCACCCUCCAGUUCCGCAGCCGGCUUGGCGAGCUUGGCAGCAGCACAGCAAGCACAACAGGCUGCAGCACUAGCUAGUCUUGGACCAGCUGCAGCUGCCUACCAGGAUCGAGCAAUGGGAGAUCAACAUUACCGGUACAACCAAAGCAGCUACAGAGCCGGGAUGAAUCCGCGUUCACACGAGGCGCACUUCUCCGAUUCUACAGCUUGGUGGAAUCUGGCUGGCUUGCAGCAAAUGGAACUCCUGUCCCGCUUGCAAGGGGGCCUCGGGGGGAGUGGAGGGGCGGGGGCCGCUGCCGCCGCUGCUGCAGGUCUUGGAGGUUUUGGGGGCCUUCACCCGGAACACUUGAUGAACCUGGAAAUCCUUCAAGCACAACAUGCAGCUGCCAUGGCUGCAGCCUUAGCCACAAGUAAGGCCUCAACUAGCAGUUCCAAACACUCUAAGAAUAGUAGCAGUAGUAACAGCACUAGCAGCAGCAGUAGUAGCAAGGGCAUCACCAGUACUCUCAGCUAUAGAGGUACAUCGGCCACAACCACGACCUCGUCCUCCAGUAAAACACGGGAGCUCUCGAGCAGCAGCAGUCGCUCAGGGCUAGAGAUCAGUCGCCUGGCCUCGUCCUCACACUCCUCGUCUUCCAACCCCAGCAGGCCUCCGAGCUACCCAUACAACUCCUCCUCGUCCUCAUCCUCUUCCUCCUCAACACACCGUUACAGCUCUCCGCUCUCUGGCCUCGAAAGUGCUACUUCACAUCAUUCCGAGCUGGGAUCCUCAGCCAGCCUCUCCUACGGCAUUGCUAGUCUCAUUGCUGACAAACACCCGUCAUCCCAUAAGUCGCACUCGUCCUCAUCAUCAUCAAGCAAUUCCUCAUCACAAGCAGAGGCCAUCCGAAACAAGGAAUUAGAGAUUAUUCCCAUCUCGCCGGCCGUGAAGGGGAGCACGCAGUCGCACGGCAACAGCCAGCCCCACCGAGACAAGUCGGAGCCCAAGGUGUCCAUCUCAACUGUUGGCUCGGGCAACUCCCGUCUGUCCAACGGCGUGCCUGGCAGUGGUGGGUGGAGGGAAGAAAGCGCCAGCGUUUCCAUUGAGCCGUGUGGGUCUACCGGCUCAGGCUCAGCUGACGACGCUCCACUGAAUCUUUCUAUGAAGAGCACAGCUUCGCCAAGGCCAUCAGCUCGUAGAAAGUCAUGA